CCUCAGCCUCCUCCUGAGUCCAAGACCUGGACAUAAAGCUUCGCCCUUGCUCCCAUAAUCUCCUCUCUUAAAAAUCAAACUCUCCGUCAAACCUAAUGUCUACAAUAAACAACAUAGCCAAUCACGUCAAGGAAGCCACCCAAACAACCACCGAAAUGAACGGCACCACCCCUUCCAUAACAAUGACCCCUCCAACGGGCGAGCAAUUGCCAGAACCCGAAGGUCUCUUUGGCCCCGAACUCAUCUCACCCACAAUUGCGGCUUCUCUACCUCCCACAUACACACUGCGCGCACUGCGGAAAACAGAUUAUGCAAUUGGCUUUCUGGAUGUUCUUCGUGUGCUCACGACCGUGGGAGAUAUCUCUGAAGAGGCGUGGAAUGAACGGUAUGAUUGGAUGAAUGGACAGGGCAAGGGAGGAUACUAUCUGUUGGUCAUUGAGGAUCAGGGGAGGAUAGUUGGGACGGGGGCAUUGCUUGUGGAGAGGAAAUUUAUUCACAAUCUUGGUCUUGUAGGACAUAUCGAGGAUAUCGCUGUCGCGAAGGAUCAGCAAGGGAAGAAACUCGGCCUUAAGCUCAUUCAAGCAUUGGAUUUUGUGGCGGAGAAGGUGGGCUGCUACAAGUGUAUUCUGGAUUGUAGCGAGGCGAAUGAGGGGUUCUAUGUGAAGUGUGGGUACAAGAGGGCGGGUCUGGAGAUGGCGCAUUACUAUGAUGGAAGUACGAGUAAGGACAUGCCGAGUAAGAAAACCGCUUAGACCGGGUGGCAAGGGGUGUGUUUUGAUGAGACGAUUAAUUGUACUAUAGGGAGUCGGUUAUAGGGAUAUGGGGUAUAGAACUGGCUUGCCCAAGGGCAUAUGGAUAGCAUAAAUUAGACUUGAAGUUUUCUCAUCAGAGCCCUCCCAUGCCUGCAGUAGGUUUCACUGUUUUGAACUGGCCGUCGGCUCGUGGCACUUGGAUAUCAUGGACCUGGUACUUCCUCUCUGGAGCCGUAUCUGCCAUCCUGAAUAUCCCUUCCUCCAAUGGCAGUUCGAAUGAGUUGUUUGAAUUGGGCUGCUUGACUGGAAGUUCACAAGACUUGAAGUUCUUACCCAAGCUUUACCUUGCCAUAUUGGAAGCCUCGGACUCCAUUGCUGAUCCAGCACUCCUCUCCGUCCAUCAGAGAGUCAAUCGUGACGAUCCCUUCAACAGCAUACCCCUCCUCAAUUGCCCAUCUCCUGGUAGUCCCAAUCUGCCCACCACUACUUACGUGCGGUGUAGUCCACUUACCAUUUCUCCAGAAAUAGACACUAGUCAAGCUCCCCUCCAUAAUCUCUCCGUUCUUUUCACUCACUAGCAGCACCUCUUUCUCCUCUGCCAUAUCCUUGAUUCCAACCCGCUCUCGAGCACUGACGUACAUGUUGCGACUUGUAGUCUUAUAACUCGUAUACUGAGAAGGAGGGGUGCGAACAGGAUCAGGGAUGAUAUCCCAGGAUUGUCUUUUCGGUGCAUCUCCAUGCACGACAUCAUUCUCGCCAAGCGUGAGAGCUCCGCCCGUGAGAGGACUGACUUUCAUUGUCGUCUCAAGACUUGAUGGCGGUGGAAUCCUCUCAGGGAACAAAGUCCAACGUUCAACAGCCGGCACAGGGUUUGACUCUACGGUGAUCUCCCCAUCGUGACUCAACAGUGUCUUCACCCUCAAAGGCAAUUGAGAGUUGAUAUCAACGCCUUCGUUCAGCUUCUUCAGAAGGAAAUUAAAACCCUCCGUACCCCGGAUCGUGUCCGCAGCUUUUGUCCAGCCAAAGUUCUCAGCGGCUUGUAGCAUGCGGUCGCGAUGGUAGGGGAGCAUAUAGAAUGGGCUGAAGAAUUUGAUCUCGCCAUCCCAGGCAGCGGUAUUGAUUGUAAGAGGCAGAAGGAGAGGAUCGUAGCGGAGUGACGAGAAAAGUUGGAAGUCGGGCUCUUGAGCCAUUGUCUGUGAAUGUAUAGUGACUUUCCUAAUGUUUUGAUAGGUGGUUUUACUUUGAGC